AGUGGCAAUCUUGUAAUUUAGUAGCCACGUCAGACUACACCUCUGCUAUUCGGAUAACGAGAAGAUUAGCUGCAAGCCAAUCCCAAUGACGGGGACGACGACGUCCUUCGUCGCCGCCCGGAACCUCACUCCUCCACGUACUUCUCCCUCCUCGCCGCCAGCGACAAGUCGUUUCUUCGAGCCCCCGCAUUGCUCGCCCUAUCGUCCAACAACAACAAGAGUUUUUUGCAAGGCUGAGAUGGCUAUUCUCUGCGAGGAUUGUAACGGGAUAGGGUGGCUGCUUUGCGAUUUUUGCAAAGGGCAGAAAACGAAUGUGAAAUCCGAGACCAAUCGAAUCUAUCUUCGAUGCCCAUCUUGCAGAGCUGUGAGUUUUGAGCUCCUCCUCCUCCUCACAAAACCCAAGAAUUUUUUGUUUGAGAGAUUGGUCAGUUGUGUUCAAAGCGCAAGGCAUUCAAAUGUGUCACAUUCCCAAAUUACAAUGAUGGUGAGAAGGUGUCUAUUUAAGCCUCCAAUUUCUUGUAUCAAAGACGCUGCACGUGAAAUUUCGAGUGUGAUUCUUUCCUCCGCCAAUACAUGAAUGUGAUAUGAUUGUCGAAUUCC